AUGAACACGCCCAUUCCAGCCUCCCCCGAGAAGAGGGAAGCCCUGUUUUCAGGGGUGAACGACCUUCUUUUGAAAGGGGCUGUAGUCGAAGUUUUUCCGACUACCGAAGACAAGGGGUUCAUUUCCACACUCUUCCUGACAGAGAAAUCGUCAGGCGGAUGGCGCCUUAUCCUAAAUCUGCGGCGGCUGAACCAAUGGAUCAGACCGCAAAAAUUUGGCAUGGACACUCUCGUUCUUAUUCUCCAGGGGCUCAUGCCCAGGGACUGGGCCGCUACUAUAGACCUCAAGGAUGCUUACUUUCACGUGCCUAUUUUCUGGACGGUCGUACGUAUCAGUUCAAAGUUCUUCCCUUUGGUCUAUCCACGGCUCCUCCGGGUGGUAAAAUCCCUAGGUGCAGUGUUCCACGCGAGAGGGAUACGGAUUUUCAUGUACCUAGACGACUGGCUCGUGGUCGCAAAUUCCCGAGCAACUCUGUUGCAUCAUCUCAGCAUUGUCUUAGACAUGACGGAAACAGUAGGGUUCAUUAUCAACCGGGAGAAAUCGGUUUUGGUUCCCACGCAACUUCCGCUGUAUCUGGGGGCGCACAUCGAUCUUGUUCAUUCAGUGGCGUUCCCCUCCACGGGUCGGAUCCGCAAGUGCCAGCUAGCAAUCACUCAGCUUCUUUCCCUUCCGCAUUCCCCAGCCGAGUCGUGGCUGCGGAUGUUGGGGUUUCUCGCGAGCCUAGUAGACCUAGUUCCUUAUUGCCAGCUUCUUAUGCGCCCUCUUCAACUGCAUCUGCUCGCGUUUUUCUCUCCAGCGUCUCGGGACUUGUCAGCUCAGAUUCCCUUGAACGCAUUUGUCGCCAGGCACCUAAGGUGGUGGCUUCAGGAGAACGUGCUUCAGGGCGGGAAGUCUUUCCCCGACCCUCUCCCAGUCUUUCGCUUUUCGGCCGACGCCUCCCUCGAAGGUUGGGGCAGUUGUUCGCUCACGGAGCGCAUCACGGGUGACUGGUCGCUGGAAGAAUCCACCAGUCACAUAAAUGUUCUGGAGCUUUUAGCAGUUCGUCGGUCUCUGGAGGCCUUCGUCGAUCGGGCAAAGGGGAAAGCUGUGUUAGUUCAUUCCGACAGUUCAACCGUGGUCUCCUAUAUCAACCGUCAGGGCGGCACGCAUUCACCAACGCUAUGCUUCCAUACAUGGCAGCUCCUGCUUUGGUGUCUCAGCCAUCGCAUUCAUCUUCGAGCAGCUCACAUUCCCGGCCGACUGAAUGUCCUCGCCGAUGGGCUGUCUCGACGUCGGUUACCUCCACUCCGUCCGACGGAGUGGAGGCUGUGUCCGGUCGUGGCCCAGCAUAUUUUCAACACGUUCGGGCGUCCCAACCUAGAUCUGUUUGCUACGAGCUCGAACACUCAGCUUCCGACGUUUUGCUCCCGGUUUCCGGAACCAACAGCGUGGGCAGUGGAUGCCCUGUCCAUCUCAUGGGACGGGUUUUGGGCGUACGCGUUCCCGCCCUUGUCGCUUCUUCCGAGGGUGAUGGGGCACAUCCGUCGCCACCAGUGCAAGGCUUUCCUGAUAGCACCAUGGUGGGCCCACCAGGGUUGGUUCCUACUUCUGCUGAGUCUUCUUUUCGAGCAUCCCCGCGUGUUGCUGGUUCUUCCGGACCUUCUUCAACAGGCCCGGUCGUGGGUCGGCCUGAACCAUUUAACAUCGCUGAACUUGACUGUUUGGCCCUUAUCCGGGAUAAUCUCCGAGUCGGGAGUCGACUCGCGCGAUCUACAACAGUCGCCUUAA